AUGUUUGGCUGGGCGCUGUAUGCUGAAUACCUCGGCGAGGAGAUGGGUCUCUAUGACUCGCCCUAUGAUCUCUUUGGCAGAUAUUGUUCCGAAAUAUUCCGUGCCUGUCGUCUUGUAGUGGAUACUGGCAUUCACGCGUUUGGCUGGUCACGUGAUCGUGCAAUCCGCUUCCUGACCAAUUACAGCGACUUUCCAGACAAUCAGAUCCAGUCCGAGGUUGAUCGGUAUAUCACGUGGCCGGGCCAGUCUUGUUCCUACAAGGUCGGGGAGAUCAAAAUAAAGAAACUGAGACAGGAAGCAGAAACAAGUCUCGGCCGAAAGUUCAACAUCCGAGAUUUUCAUCACGUGGUGUUAAAGCUUUGGAGUGUUCCGCUUGACAUUCUGGAGGAAGAAGCUCAUGACUGGAUCGACUCGGAACUGACUGAAGAGAAAAUAGUCACCAUUCCUGUGUUUUCGUCCGCCAUUACGUGUAUAUAUAAUAAUGUCCUCAUGGCUACUUUUACAAUAGUUUUAUUGCUUGCAAGCAGAUAAUAUUCAUGAUAUUUAUGUUCUGUGCAGUGUACAGUGUUUUGUAUGGUAGAGAAUCUUUGUCUGCUGUAAAUAAAUGUGUCCGUUGUGUAAGAAGA